UGCCAGCGAGUAAUAAAUGGCAGUGACUAGCAGGCAGCGUGCGUGGAGGCUGCUGACCGAGCUCCAGCGCUGUGCAGCUGCUGGCAGCGGUUGCUCCUCCCUCCCCUCCCCUACCGCCGCGUCGCCUCGUUCUGCUCGUUUUCCACACUGGGCGGAUUUCUUCGUCACGAGGACGAGGAGAGGAGGAGGGCGGAAAGGUGCUCCGUUUCUUGCUCUAGUCCGUUUCAGAGAUCCAAUCGAUUCAAGAGAAACGGCAUUUUUGUGCUUCCGUUGGGUUGCUCGCCGAGAGAUUCCCCCCAAAGUUUGUUGCUUGGAGCCGAUUUGGGCCAAGAAAGGGCCAAAAGGCGCGGCAAAUCCGUUACCGUCCCGGAAAAUCCCAAAACGCCUCGUCGUAUUUGAUCGUUGGCGACCUGGCUCGAUCCAUCUGAGUGGAGAGGAGAAGGGGAAGAGGAGGACAAGGGAGGAGAGGAGAGGGCGUCCUCCUCGGAGCAGCCGCAUUGCCGCCUGUCGAUGAAUGAGCGCUGCCUCCGAUGCUGUCGGGGUGCUCGGUGUCCAGUCUCGCGGCGCGGUUCGCCUUCUUCCCGCCGGAGCCGGCGACGUACGCCAUCAGGAAGGACGAGGCCACCGGCUGCCUCGUCGCCUCCGGCGUGCCGCGGGACAACGCCCUCGACGUGCUGCUCGUCGACACCAGGAGGGGGAACAAGGUGGUGGCCUUCUACUUCCGGAACCCCUGCGCGCGCCUCACUCUGCUCUACUCGCACGGCAACGCCGCCGACCUCAGCCAGCUCUACGACCUCUUUGUGCAGCUCAAGGUCAAUCUCAAGAUCAAUCUGAUGGGAUAUGACUACUCUGGCUAUGGCGCAUCUACUGGCAAGCCGAGUGAAGAAAAUACAUAUGCAGACAUUGAAGCAGUUUACCAAUGCUUAGAAACCGAGUAUGGGAUCAGCCAGGAAGAUAUUAUCUUGUAUGGACAAUCUGUGGGCAGUGGACCAACAUUACAUUUAGCCUCCCAUUUGCCUAGAUUGCGCGGGGUGGUUCUCCACAGCGCUAUACUUUCAGGCCUCCGUGUUGUUUGCCAUGUGAACUUUACUCCCUGCUUUGACAUUUACAAAAAUGUCAAGAAAAUAAAAAAGGUCAAAUGCCCAGUGCUCGUUAUUCAUGGGACAGACGAUGACGUUGUGAACUGGUCACAUGGUAAGGAGCUGUGGAAACUGGCAAGGGAGCCUUAUGAUCCACUCUGGAUCAAAGGCGGAGGUCACUGCAACCUGGAGCUGUACCCUGACUUCAUCCGCCACCUCUCCCGUUUCAUCCGUGAAAUGGAGACUAUCACAACAAAAAUCCGGCUCAAGAAGAUUAGGCAGUCCCUCCAGCCCAGAAAGAAGGCCCACCGCGUGAACACCGCCACAACAACCACCUUCAGCACUAACUGCUGCUGCCGCAUUCGAGUUCGCAAACCGACCUGCCCCAGCUGCAACUUCAGCUGCGGCUGCUGCGGGUUGAGGAACUGCUUCGCAUUCCGUUUCUUCAGGUGCUGCCCUACCUGUUUCUCCUGCGGCACCUGCUGCUCCUGCCGGAGCUGCUUCAAGUGCUGCUGUUGUGGAGACGAGCGUUAAUGCCGCCGAUCUUUGUGAGCGCGUGUAUAUUAAAGAGGGAUGGUCCUGAGAUAUAUCUACUAACCCUUUAGAUGCCGUAGGACUAAAAAGUAGAUUUGAGUUAACUGAACAUUGUGCAACAGAUAGAGACUCCCGUACUUGUGCAUCGUAUCUGGUUUCUACCUGUCCCAUUUUAGUUACAUGUCAGAUUCAUUAUAAUUAUUAUUUCCUCGUGAUAUCUUUUUUAUU